GUAAAAAUGAAUAACGAAAAACAAUCUAAAUGUUUCUAAUAGAAAUAAUCAAAAUUUUGUAAAAAUAUAUUUUUGUAAAUUAUCAUAUAAAAUUAGUUAACACUUAAAAUGGACGCAAAAUGUUUGUAUACCAAAUUCAUAAUGAUAAUACAGUGAAUUCAAAGAUUUUUCGCAUCAGAAACUGUUCGUGUGUGCAGUGUCCGCCAUUUUGCUUUCUUUACAUCUGACAUGUCUUUCUAAUGUUAUUAUCGAUGAAUGCUGGAAUUUGUGCGUGAAUCUUCAAUCCCGUUGAAGUGUAUUUUGCAUGAAAAAGGUCGGAUUGCUUCUGAUUGGGCAACAACCUCUCUCAUUGUUGGGAAUAAUUUUCAUUGUUCCAACCUCGGUUAAACUAAACGAAACGAGUCCAUAAAGAAAACUUCGUGAUAGUAUUUGUGAAUAGUUUACCCUUGUUAUAGGAUAUAAAUAUGCUGCAAGAUUCAUUUUAUGAAUCUUUCUGACUGUAUUAUUGAAAUUCGAUUACAGUAUUUUGCAUAGUGUCAUAUUACCUAUAUAAAGUGAACAUAACCAAACAGUGUUGAUAUCCAACAUAGUGCACUCAUGUCAACACUAGAGAUAAAAUGUUUAUUAAUAUGGCUUUGUCUUAUCAGAAAUUAUCAGAACUUUUAGAAUCCACAUUUAAUGUUUUGAUGUUUCGUGUAAUGCAAUUAUUAAAAAAUGUAUAGAGUAUAUUUAAUUUGAAUUGCUAUGCGAGGCAAGGAUUAUUUUUAUCCUGAUCUAGCCAUGGACUAAGUUCACGCUUAUUGCUUGAACCAAGAGAAACUUUGAUAUCCAUCUGACAUAUUAUGUACAGAAAUAUGCAAAUUUAAACUUAGUGAUACAUAGCUUUAACUCAUCUAAACAAUUGACUGCUAAAGUAUUAUUUGCACUUUUGAAACACAGAAAUUUUAUUGUCAUUUAAAUAUAUAAGAUUUUUUGUAAGAUUCCACUACAUAAUUUGAUACUGAAUAUAGGUAUAUAAUAGAUAAUCAAUUUUAAUGUUUCUAUUAAAGUAUAAUCCAUGACAAAACUAAGUUUUGUAUAUAUGCAGAUACAUGUAAAUAACACAGCCAAAUGCACAUUAAUAUUAUUAGCAUAAGUAGUACAUAUGACUAUUUUAUAAUUUAUUAUAUUUUGUACAAAAAUUCAUUUUAUUAGUUGUAUCAUCUUGAUGCAUAUAUAAACAUUAAUGUGUCUAAAGCAAAUGUAAGAAAUACCAAUCUGUGAUAUAAUACAAUAAAAAUAAUUUUUUAUUUUUUUAUUCUCAGUAUUAUGAAUUCAGAAAUAUUUAUGUAUGGAUUUGGAUUUAAGCAUAUGGCGUGAACUAAGUUUUAUCUAGAUAAGAGGAAAGAUUUGGAGGGUUUGAGAAUGCAGGUAGAACAGGAUACAAGGAAAACGGUAAUCAAUGAAGGUCCCUAUAUCCGAAAAUUCAAACAUGGACAAUAAAUUAAAGUUUUCGGAUCGCUUAAAGGCUUUGCUGAAAACUGAGGUUCGUCAAGAUGUCGAUCCCUAUAUUUUCAGUGAACCAGAGCCAUUUAGUACACAUACAACAGGAAGAAAUGUUACAGUAGUGUCAUCUAAAAAUUCUAAAGUAAUGCAAAAUUGUAAAAAUAAUAAAACUAAAGGAAAAUGUAUGAAACAAAGAAUAAGGAUAACAUCCGUAUCAGAUGCGGAAUUCAAAGCUGUACAAGAUCGUGCUGUAGAAUUAGAUGCUGACUGUAAUGUUGGUGGUGGCAAUGGUGAUGGUGAACAUAUAGAUUAUAAAUUUGCAAAAGCAAUUCAACAAAAACAACAUCAUAUUGAAAAUUUACAAAGACUAAAGAAUAGGAGGCAAAGUCGGGACCACAUGUUAUUGUAUUAUCCUAGAGCUGGAGAUGAAAUAUCAGAUAGUGAUUCUAGUGGAGAUGAAAUGACAAUUUAUCAACAUUAUUGGUUUUCUGGAGAUAAUACUUCAACAUUGAAUCGUUCAGCUCGUCUUUCUCAAUUGCGUUCUCAAUUGAGACGAAGAUUACUUCAAUUACAUAAAGGUGGAACAGACUCAGAAAUUUUGUUACGUGAUAGAGCUAAAUGUUUAUUGGAAGCUGCUUAUAAGGAUCCUGCAUCUACAGCAAGAGCUUUAAGUGGUUCUCCAAGUACAAGUAAAGUAAUAGAUGGACCACUUUUAGUUGGUGGACUCUGUGGAGCUGAAGGAUGUCAACAGACAUCUUUGCCCUGUACACGUCAUUGUUCUCGUCAUAUUAUGUUGAAUGGAGAUCAACUUUUAUUUGAACAUUGCACUGCCAAAUUUAGUGAUAAUACACAAUGUUGUAUUCCUGUGUUUGAUGUUGCACAUGAAUUACCUCUUUGUCCAGAACAUGCAAGGAAGAGAGAUAAUUAUCAUCGUAAAGCACAAGAGUCUAAACCAAAGAAAACUCGUAAAAAACCAACAUCUCCCACAAUUCCCAGGCCUAAACCAAAAUCUAGGCCAAAGAAACGAAAGCGGCCUCCUGUGAACAAACUUGAGACUAAUAAAGAUCCUACAGUUAUACAUGAAGAAAGUCAAUAUUUGAAUCAAAUAAACUCUAGUGAAAAUCAGACAAAAGCUUUGAAUAAUUUGAAUACUGUAGUGCAAGGAAGUUCAAAUUCUGCUAACUUAAAUCUAGGAUUAGGAUUAGGUCUUGGAGGAGGACUUAAAGUAGAUUUAGGAGAUCAUGAAGUGUUUCCUUCUCUGGAUCCUGCAGAGCAUGAUUUUGGCAAUGUGCUCAAUAAUUUACCUGCUGAUGCUUUUAAUGACUUAUUCAUUGAGGGUAGAAAUGGGGAAUAUGAACCAUCAAGAGAAGAGGAAGAAGAAUUAGAACGAGCAUUAGAGGCAGUAGAUAAGGACGUACGAAAUUUGGAAAGAAUGGGACAAACACAUGGACUUUUAGAGCCAGCCUUAUUGGCUCAACUCAUGUCAGACAUUGCUUCGUAGCCCCGUCUAUUUUAUUAAGAUAAUGAUUUGAAAAUGAGUUCAUGUGUGUUCCUUACAUAUAUAAAAAAAAAUACUGUUUGUGUCUGUGCUGCUAAACGUAAGAUUGUGUUAUUAACUUCUGUUGUAUAGUUAUAAAAAUUCAAGAAAGGCAGGGAUUGAUAUACAGAAAGUAAAAAGAAAUAAAAAUUAUCAGUUGUUUAAUAUAAAUUUCGUUGUGUAAAACUACAUCAUAUAGUUAUAGAUUCAUGAAAAAAAAAA